CACACACACACACACACACACACACACACACACACACUGAAAAACGAACGUAAAGCAUUUCAAAAAACACAUUUAAUCUCUCCUCUGGUUCGAACAUCAACGCCCCGCCAUUUACCUUAGAAAUGGAAAAAAGUGAGAAAGUCCGUCGACCGAGAUUCAAGAAGAGAGGAAAUUGUUUCACUUCGAAAACCACCUCCCGUUUUUUUUUUUUUUAGACACGUUUGGUUUUAUAUUUCUCGAGUGUUCGAAGCGAAGUUAAAGUUUUAUUGGAUUUCUUUUUAAUAAAUACUCACAGCGGACGAGAGGAGGGAAAAAGGGAGUGGAGAUGAUGCAUAAAAACAAAGUGAUAAGACAAAUUGAUGAGCCUCGCGUAUGCUGGUCAGGUAGGCAGCGGGGGAAACGGAGUCGGUAGUGGCUGUGGGUGGGUGGGCGACGCGGGACUCCAGACUCCGUUUCCCCCGGGGAGUACACGAGGUCCAUUCAUUCCAACCUUCCAUUGAAAAAUUCAGUAGACUGUCGGAGCUCUGACAGAGUGGAUGUGCUGCUCUGCGCUCUCGACCAACAUUUGACUUGGUGUUUUGAAGUGGUGUGUCUGUACACAGUGUAUGUUUUUCUGUUGAACUGGGGUGUGUAAGCACACCAAGUGUACUUAGACUAUCUACAAAUCGUGAACAGACAUUGGAAAAUGUCUUUAUUUUGGUUAAUCUUCGCGCUAUCGGCACAUUCUGUGUUCGGUGUGUGUUAUUUCCCCGUCGAAUACCAGGGGAUUUUCGCCACACAGUCCAGUAUCUCCAGCAUCUCGGGGGGAUCUGUGCAUCAGUACUCUCAGGUGACCAUCCUCCCCGACGCCAUCCCGGUAUGGGGCGUCUGCCACAAGAAGUUCGACAACAACGUCAUCCUCCGGGAUCCCACAGGAGGCGAGGACUGCUUCAGGUGCUUCCACGUGUCCCUGCACUCGGGAAACGUGAUCCAGGUGUACACGGAAGGGCUCAAUAAGUGCCACUCGUCGGAGGAGGCGGUGCUGCAGACCUGCCCCUCGAUCCAUGACAUCAAGACCAAGCGAGCCAGGGAGAUCAUGCUCUACAAAUCCCGCAGCUUCACCCAGGACGGGCUCAUCGACCGCGUCUUCUGCCCGAUCAACGGCCGCUAUCGCUUCACCUACGACGUUAAUGAUGGCACUGAGUCGACCGUCGAGUGCCCUGAGCCUUCCUCCGAGCUCUCGAACUGCCCUAAGGGGUCGCAGUUGCAGCUCAGAUUCCGGCGCUGUUCCUUCGGCGAGCUGGACAUGGGCCUUCGGUGCCUCGGGGACUGGGAGGGCCACGACGGGCAGAAAUACCUGGCACUCUGGGACCCUGAAGUGACCACGGACCACCAGCCUCGGUACCGCUGCGCUAUGUACUCGGUGGAGGAAACGACGGGGAGGGUGUUUCUGAGCUUCAGCAUCGACGCCACCUGCACCAACCACCUGCACAGCCCCUGGGACGGAUACGAGUCCAUGGUCCUCACGCCUGUCACCCCGCCCACGCCGCCCGCUGUCGUCCAGACCACCGCCUGCGCCUUCCCCGAGUGGGCGCAUGGGUCGUGGCAGCAUUUGCAGAUCGACUCGAAUGAACUCUGGCUUCAGGACGCGGGAACAGACAAGAAAUACCGGACGCUUUGCCUGUCUCAGCACGCCCCGCACGGCGAACGCUACGCCCUCUAUUCUCAGACGCAGUGUGGGGAGGAAGAGUUUACCUGUAUCUGGAUCAAGAAGAGAGCUGUCAACGUCAUCGAAUACCAAAUGGCCUCUUACCCGAGUGACAAGUACAACGUCUCAAGAAUCUGCUCAGACGAUAUGUUUCGUGGACAGGAGUGGAUCACGCAAGGACGCCUCGACCCCGAAAACCACGCCGGGUGUCCAAUCACGGGCGAGUACACGGGCGUGAUUCCCGACGCCAAGGAGCUGUGCGCCCGCCUCGCGUCCGACUGCAGGGACCCCCAGCACAUGUUCUAUACUGUGUCCUCCUGCUUCAACUCCACUGAGGUCUAUGAGGAGCGCGACUACCGAUGCCUUGGCCAGUGGUCGGAGGGGGGUGUCAUGUAUACCUUCACACACCGUCGAGAUGUCAACAUUUACGAGUGUUUUGCGGGCGUGGUUGUCAGCAGCAACGAGAUCUUCAUCAUUGAGGCUGGUACGAGUUGCCAGCGUGGUCUGCAGCCAUUAGCGUAUGGCAUGAAGCUCGUCAGACAAGCCACGUGUAGCGAGAUCGAGGCCCGGGAAUCCACGCCCCCGCCCCACCCCCCCUCCUCCUCCAUACCCCCCUGGUGGCCUCCGACGACGAAGAAUCCUUGGAUCAAGAAGGCUUCCACCACCACGGAAACCCCCACCUGGAACAACGAGAUUCCCAGAGCCGCACACUCGGGCAGUUCGAGAACGACCCCCACGGCCUCCUUCAGGUGGCUGACGACGGCGGCGACGACCCUCUUGCUAUUGCUCUCGUCGUCUCUGUGAUGCGAACGACUUUUGGCAAGGGUCGUCCGUGUUUUUCUCUUUUCUUUUCUUUCUUUGUUUGACAUCGUUCGCUUUUUUUUUUCUUUUCUUUUGACAUCGGUCGCUUUUUCCAUCUUUUUUGACAUCGGUCGCUUUUUUCCUUUUAUUUUGACAUCGGUCGCUUUUUCCUUCCUUCUUUUUUUAUUAUGUCGUUUCUUCUUUGAAGUCGUUUUCGUGUCGUGUUCGUGUGGUGUGUUCGUGUGCUCGUAGAGACAACUUCUCUGUCGUUGUGAUCAACCAGUGAUACGUUUACAGUGUACUUUUUUUUUUUUUUUUUCAUCUGUUCAUCCAUUCAUCCAUCGCGUUGUCAUGUAUCCACUUUUUAUCCGUGUAAUCAAAAAGAAAAAAAAAAUUGAACCUUUUGUAUACCGUGGAAGUAUUGUCAAUCAGUAUUGUGUUUUUUCUCUCAGUUACUAUAUUUUUUUUCUGUAUUUUCUUCUUGUUCUUUUGCUUAUUACUUUUUCUUAUCGAGGCUUACAACGAAAGAUGCUGAGGUUGAUGUGAAGCCGCUGUGAGUUUAUAUUCUGAUUUGCUCCUAUUGCUUCUAGUCAAAUCUAUUAUUAUUAUUAUUAUUUUCAUUUAAAAAAAGGUUUAGUGGGCUCUGAUCCGCAUCUGCCUAUCACCACCAUCGUCAUUUUUAAUCAUUGCAUCAAAAUCAUUAUCUUUAGCUUCAUCUUCGUCAUCCUUAUAGUCAUCGCCAUUAAAAAUCGUUCUAAAAUCAUCAUUUUAAUCACCCUAUUAAUCAUCCAGAUCAUAAUCAAAUCUACAAUGUCAUUCAGUAAACAAAAAGACAUUUUUAUGCUUUCUAGCAAAAAGAGAGAAAGAGAGAGAGAGAGAGAGAAAUAAAGAGAAAUAAA